AUGUCUUCCUCGUUUUCACCAUUGAACACAACUACUACAGAAUCAAGCGACAAAGGAUCCUCAGCACCAAGUGUCGAUAUUGGAGGUGGCUGGACGGCUAGUCCUGGUACUGUUCCUUGUCCAGAUGUACCUGAUGGAGUAGGACCUGAGAAUCCAGGUAUUGGUAAUACAUGCGGGCUUAGCAUAACUGUCAAACAUCCAAUUUAA